UCCACAAUGUAUUCGACCAGGAGCAAGAUCCCUUUUCCCCCCCAGGUAACAUGCACUGCCAGCCUUGGAGACCUCAUAACAAUCACGGAACGCCAACUGCCCUUCUUCACAUUGCCAAUCGGGAGUAUGCCGUGCUGGCCGAUGUACCCCGAGCACGCAGGAUCUCUCAUAAAGAAGUUUUCCAGGUAGAGAGGAAGAGACUGGAACAACAAACCCGGGCACGGAGCCCAGGCAGGGAAGAGGUGGCGCGGCUGUUUGGCCAACAGAGAAGGUCUUAUUGCUGUCCACCUCCUCCUCCUGCUGAUGGCCAUCUUUUCUGAGCCCCGCUUCGCUGCCAUCUCGUCUUAGUGUUCCGAAUUUAUGAGACAAGAGAUGUGACUAUUUUCUGUCUCCUAGGAAAAACAAACCAGUCUGUUUUUUCCCUCCCCCACCCCCUUCCCCUCCGAAAAAUCUACUGUCUCUUCUACUGACUCACUCUAAUUUGUUUUAACUUCUUUGGCUGCUUGGGACGGCCGGUGCUGAGUUA